GCUGUAUGUGGCGUAGUUUUUAGGCCACAACGCGACAUAUAUAGCGUGGUUUCAUCUUCUGCCUAAUUCAUCUUCUACGCUUAAUUAAUUCCAAUUACCAAAAUCCGGCCAUGGACGCCUCUAAAUUCAUCGCCAACCAGUCAGACGCUUCUCUAAUGUUUGCAAAGCAUGUCUUCUUUAAGCUGGUCAACGGAGACCGCAACCUCGCUCUGUCUCCCCUCUCCAUUAACAUCGCCUUGGGGAUGGUCGCCGCCGGCUCUACCGACCACUUACGCCGCAGCCUUCUCGCUUUCCUCAGGGCUGAUUCCGCCCGCGAUUUCGACGCCUUUGCUUUCCAUGUCGUCGCCAAUAUCCUCGCCGACGCCAGCCAUGUCGGCGGCCCCAGCCUGUCGGCGGCUAACGGUGUUUGGAUGGAACAAACGGUGCCUUUUAAGCCCUCCUAUAAAGAUAUUUUGGAAAGGUUCUAUAAUGCUGUUGCUCAAUCGGUUGACUUUCGUACCAAGAAAGAUGAAGCAGUUGAUGUUGUCAAUUCAUGGGUUGAGAAGAAAACCGGUGGUCUUAUAAAAACUGUACUUGAUAAGAAUAAUGUUUGUUCUAAAACCACUAUCAUCAUCCUUGCAAAUGCGCUCUACUUUAAAGGGGUUUGGGCUGAAAAGUUUGAAGAAAGAUACACAAAAGAUAGAGAUUUCUACCUCAUGAACGGAUCAUCUAUCCAAGUACCUUUUAUGAGUAGCGCUCAAAGGCAGUAUGUCAAAGCAUUCGAUGAUUUCAAAAUCCUGAGUCUACCGUACAAGCAAGGUAAGGAUAUGAGGCGGCGAUUCUCCAUGUAUUUCGUCUUGCCUAAUGCAAAGAAUGGUCUACCAUCACUCAUAGACAUGAUGGCUAAAGAAUCCCAAUUUCUUGAGCGCCACGCCCCGAGGAUUCCGGUUGAUGUGGGCGAGUUUCGCAUACCGAAAUUCAAAAUAACUUUCGACUUUGAUGCUGUACACGUUUUAGAUGAUCUCGGGGUGCAAUUUUCCCGUGCUGGUCUAGGCGAAAUGGUGGUAGACCCGAGGGAGAGCCCCUUUGUUUCAAGCAUCAUCCACAAGUGUGUUGUUGAUGUCAAUGAGAAGGGAACAGAAGCUGCUGCAGUUACUGUGGUAAUGGGAGGUUUUGGAUGUGGAAUUUCUAUGGUUGAGGAAGAGAAAAUUGACUUUGUAGCUGACCAUCCCUUUGCCUUCUUCAUCCGGGAGGAUGUCUCCGGGCUUGUUGUCUUUGUUGGCACUGUGGUUAAUCCUUUACUUCCAUGAAGUCCAUGGCGGUUGAUGUUUAAUUUAGUUUCCGCAAUUCGCUAUUACACGCAUGUUUAAUUACUUUCAAGUGUUAUAGAAUAUAUUAGAGAUUUGCAACUAUAUUUUGGUUUUCUUUUUCUAUUGAAUGUCGGAAUAAUUAAAGGAUUUACACUUUUAAUUAGUUUGAUGUAAAGCUAGAUUUGUUGUUGGUUGAGAC